CAUUCGAAAACUUGCACGGUGAGCGACGCCGUGGAGGAGAAAGACAACGCAGCGAACAAAACACACAAUGGCGACGGCGGCGACAACGGCAGGCGGAACGGGCUCAGGCGGACCGGCCACCGGUCCGGUCGGCGGCGGGACCGCAGUGGGACGAAAGAAGGACGGUGGUCCUUCCACGAAAUUCUGGGAAAGCUCAGAGACGAUUUCCCAGUUCGAGACGGUGCGGCAGUGGAUCGGAAAGCACUACAAGAAGUAUGUCCAGAAUGACUCCCCCUCCAGUAAAUCCUUGGCGGGCCUGGUGGUCCAGCUGCUGCAGUUCCAGGAGGAUGCAUUUGGACGCAGGGUCAACAAUCCUGCCCUUACCAAGUUACCUGCCAAGUGUUUCCUGGAUUUCAAGGCAGGAGGUGCUCUCUGUCACAUCUUGGGUUCGGUCUACAAGUUUAAGAGCGAGCAGGGGUGGCGUAGAUUUGACCUGCAGAAUCCUUCCCGGAUGGACAGGAACGUGGAAAUGUUCUUAAAUGUAGAGAAGAACUUGGUCCAGAACAACUGCUUGACUCGACCCACUGUCUUCCUGUCACCGGACGUUGAGCAGAAACAAGCCAGUAAGCUCAAAGACAUCAUCAAAAGGCACCAGGGCUCCAUUACUGAUGACAAGUCAAAGGCCACCCACCACAUCUACCCCUCUCCAGCCCAACAUGAAGAAGAGGAAUGGCUUCGCCCUGUCAUGAAGAAAGACAAGCAGGUGCUGGUUCACUGGGGUGUGUCCCCUGACAGCUAUGAUACCUGGGUGUCAGCCAGCGAGGUGGAUGGGGACGUGGAGGACCCCCCCAACACUGACAGACCAUGGAAGGUCCAUGCCAAGUGGGUUUUAGACACCGAUGCCUUCAAUGAGUGGAUGAAUGAAGAAGACUAUGAGGUAGAUGAGAACAAGAAGCCAGUCAGCUUCCGCCAGAGGAUCUUCCCCAAGGAGGAGGAGUCUUCCCGUACACCCGAUCGCAAGGAGCGCAAGGCCAACUCUGCCAGCAAGAAGAGGAGGCGCUCGCCCUCGCCACCAAGCACUCCUGCCGAGUCCCGCAAGAAGGGAGGAAAAAAGGGGAACCCGGGGCCUCACUGGAAGCAGCGGCGGGGCCACAGAGGUGAAGAGGAGGACACGGAGGAGGACGUAACUAAGGACAUGGACGACUCCUCAGCUGGUGCCAGCAUGGAGGAGGGCAACAUGUCCAAGAAUGCGAAUUCAAAGAAAGACAGUGAGAAUACUCCAGUGAAAGGAGGGAACGGGGCAGACUUGGAUGACAUGGAGGACGACUCUGUGCUGUCCGGUGGAAAGGACGAUGAGGAACAGAGCAAAGCUGAAAUCAACCGACUGAUGGACGCUAGCGAGGACAAUGUGACUGAACAGACUCACCACAUCAUCAUACCCAGCUAUGGAGCUUGGUUUGACUACAACUGCAUCCAUGAGAUUGAGAGAAGAGCCCUGCCUGAGUUCUUCAAUGGAAAGAACAAGUCCAAAACUCCAGAAAUAUACCUGGCCUAUCGCAACUUCAUGAUCGACACAUAUCGGCUAAACCCUCAGGAGUACCUCACCUCCACCUCCUGUCGCCGGAACUUGACCGGGGAUGUCUGUGCCAUCAUGAGGGUUCAUGCAUUUUUGGAGCAGUGGGGUUUGGUAAACUACCAGGUCGACUCUGAGAGUCGCCCUUUGCCCAUGGGCCCCCCACCCACACCCCACUUCACCGUGCUGGCUGACACACCAUCUGGCCUCAUGCCCCUGAACCACAGACCCCCACCGAUUCCCCCUCAACAGCCAAUGCCCAACUUCGCCGACAAAGGCAAAGACAAGGCCAUCGACCUGCAGAACUUCGGCCUUCGCAGCGACCUCUACAACAAGAAAAAUCUCAAGGGUAAAGCUGCCAACUCUACCAGGGAUUGGACCGAGCAGGAGACUCUACUGCUGCUGGAGGCCCUGGAGAUGUUCAAAGACGACUGGAACAAAGUGUCUGAGCACAUCGGUUCACGCACCCAGGACGAGUGUAUCCUGCAUUUCUUGCGGCUACCCAUUGAGGAUCCGUACAUGGAGAGCACUGAGGCCUCCCUGGGCCCUCUGGCCUACCAGCCCAUACCCUUCAGCCAGUCUGGAAACCCUGUCAUGAGCACAGUAGCCUUCCUGGCCUCUGUGGUCGAUCCCAGAGUGGCGUCUGCUGCUGCCAGGGCAGCCCUAGAGGAGUUCUCCCGUGUCCGUGAGGAGGUGCCAGCUGAGUUGGUGGAGGCUCACGUGAAGAAGGUGCAGGAGGCAGCCAGGAGCACAGGAAAGGUGGACCCCGCCUUCGGCCUGGAGAGCAGUGGCAUUGCUGGCACCGCCCCUGAGGAACCAGAAAAGACCGAAACCCCAGAGGCAGAGAAGAUAGACACGGACACAGAUUCCCAACAGGCUGAUAAGGCGGAGUUAAAGGACGAGGCAGAGAAGCCCAGCGAGUCUGCGGAGAAGAGCGACAAGACAGAGGCCACAGAAAAGGUGAAGGAGGGAUCCGAGGCGUCGGAGCGUGAUGAGGAGAGUGAAGAGGGAGGGGAGGCCAAAACGGCUUCAGACAAAGACAAAGAGGAGGCUAUGGAGACGUCGUCCUCAGAACAGGAAAAGGAUAAGGAGGAGAAGGCAGCUACAGAGGAGGGAGAUGAAAAGAGGAAGAAACUGGAGCAUGACAUUGGAGAGGGGAACAUUGCCACCGCAGCUGCUGCUGCCCUGGCAUCUGCUGCCACCAAGGCCAAGCACUUGGCGGCGGUGGAGGAGAGGAAGAUCAAGUCCCUGGUGGCUCUGCUGGUGGAGACCCAGAUGAAGAAGUUGGAGAUCAAGCUGAGGCACUUUGAGGAGCUCGAGACCAUCAUGGACCGAGAGAAAGAGGCUUUGGAGCUUCAGCGACAGCAGCUGCUCACUGAGCGACAGGCGUUCCACAUGGAGCAGCUUAAAUAUGCCGAGAUGAAGGCGAGGCAGCAGAUGGAGCAGCAAGCCGCCGCCGCGGCUGCCGCUGCUGCCCAGGCUCAAGGACAGGGGCAGGCUCCUGGAUCUGCACCCAACUCGGGGCCCCCUCCAUCAGGCAUGCACCCUGGAGGGCCCCCACCACACCACGGUGCCCCAGUGCCCUACCACGGAGGGCCUCCACCCGGUGCUGCCAUGCACCCAGGCUACCCUCCGAUGGGUCACCACCCCAUGGCCCCUCACCACCCAGGACAGACAGGACCAAUGGGACCAGGCCAGCCCAUACCGGGACGUAUGAUGCCUGGCCCACCCUCUGCCGCACCCCCUCCUGGCGGCAUGCCUCCUAUGAUGCCCCCACGUCACCCUGGAGCACCCAACGGCAUGUACCCUGGCCCACAACCUGCACAGCCUGAAGCGGUACCUCAAGUUCCUGUGGGUCCUCCAGCGCCCGCGAGUGGCAGAGUGGCUGAAAACUAAGACCUACGUUCACAAACACACACAAAAGCGCACACACACACACACACACACACACACACACACACACACACAAAACUAACUAUCUCUGAACCCCUUUUUGAUGGCCUUUGCUACUGGCUCGGUAUAUUUCCCUCAACACUCAAAACUACCAUCAACUUUAUCACAGGUCACACACACCCACAUACACACUCAGGGUCUCUCAGUGGCAAGGGUAACCCAAUUAUCCACACACACAUCCAGACUUCCUCUCAGGGCACAGCGCAAGGGUCGUCGUAGUAAUAAACACUGUUUUCUGCUCUGUUGGGCCAAAUGGAGGUUGGAGAGAAUGGACUGUGUAUGGAAAACAAAACCAGGAGAGAGAAUGAUUAAAAAAAAAAAAAAAACUUUCUUACCUUUUUCUUUUUUCAAUGCUGUUUUGACACUCUAAUCCCCCCCUCUCCCAUCUCUCUUUAAAACACACACCUCCUUAUGUCUGGUGCCCCCUUUUGCAAGCCAAACACUAGGGGGAGCUAGUGAGAGCAGAAGGCCAGUCAGACAUGCAGGGUGGUGAGUGUGUGCUGAGCAACCUCAGCGGUAACACACACGUUACUCAGAUUAUGAUAUGACUAAAUCUCACACACACACACAGAGGGGGGGCCAGCCUACCCUCGCUCUUGUCUUGUUGAGUAUCUACCUCUCGCCCUUUUUUAAAUGAUACACUGUAGUUCUGUGUGUGGGUGUGUGUCUGUGAAAGUGUGUUUCAUGGCCCUUCACGCGUCUGCCACCUCUGACCAAAGUUUGUGCCACUUGUGUAAUCUUUGCUUUUCCAUUUGAGACUUUUGCAAUAAUGAGUUGAGAUACAGACAUAAGAUACUCUUUGGUCAAUAAAGUACAAGUUGGACAAACGAGGCAGGUUUAUGGAUAAAAAAAACUAAACUAAACUUGUUUUUUAAGACCUGUUAAUAGUUAUUAAAGGUUCUUCUUUCUUGCCGCCACAAAAAAGUAGUUUUUAAGUAGUAGUUUGACAAGAUACGUCUCCGUUCCCAUUCCAACCCAAACCAAGAUGGCGACUGGAAAGUUUUUCGUCACUACGGAGUGGAGUUUGAAGAUUAUCUGCCAAAAUGCAUCAAUUCAUGUCUACUUUUUGACUUUCUUGGCUGACUUCAAAAGGAUAUGAUUGACUUUAUUGGGUUUAUCAACAAACCCCAUGAAAAGACCAAAACAAACAAUGCAUUAGACUGACUCUGAUUACUUUCUGACUUCCCUACUCAGUCUGUAGCUCUCAACCCCAUGCCCGUUGGUUCCCACUGAAGGCUCAGUAGUUUGCCACUGUAGUUUUUAGCAAAUCCUACUCAAACGGGAGUAAACAAAGCCUUCGUUGGGGACUAUUUUUAGCAGUGGAUUAAUCAACAUUUGUUGCUCUAAUGUUGAAUUUCCUCAAAAUAAAUGUGUUUGUGGGAAACAAGGAACAUGUCAGCCAGUGCAAAAAUCUGGCCCAUCCAUGUGUUUAAAUAGUUUUUGGACAACAAUGGAGUUCUAUGGCACAGAGGAACCAAUUCAUGGUUGCUUUUGGUUCUGAUGAAAGCAGUUUUGCUCGAUACGUCACCACCUAGGUACAGUUAAUAAAUGGAUCAUUGGAGCCCUGCAGUGUGCGAGCUAUUUAUUUCUGUUACUUCAUAUGUUUUUGCUCAUUUUUGGCUCAGCACCUGUCGUCCUUGGUUUGGAUGUGCGACCAUAAGGAAAAUGUACUGUAUCACCAGACGUAUCUUUUAAACAUUAAAGCAUAAGUCUCAGAUCUGAUUACUCGCGAGACACAAGGCGAUGCUCGGUCAGAGACUAUUAGAGGACAGACGGCUAAACACACAAUCGUUCCCUCUGCCCCACACUAACCACAGUACUGUAACACACACACACACACACACACACAGAGAUAGAAAUGUAAGCUAAGCUGAGGCUCACACUGGAGGCUGCAUGCGUACACUGACUUGGCCGGACCCUGCCCGCAACGCACUGGACAACCACACACACAGAUACAUGAACACGCACACAUAUACAUUUAAUCUCCUGCUGACCUUCCCACAGCCUUUACAGAGAGGGAGACGCUGUGAUAUGGCUCGACUGAGACAUCAGAACAUGAAUGACGCUCUUCCUCAGCGCGGUGGGCUUCUAGAUGUUUUUAGGUGCUGAUACUGUAGCGAAUAAACCCCGCCACCCUCCUCCUCCUCUGCUCACGCCUAGUGCUGCCUACCUCGCUAGCCCCGCCUCACGCACAAAAACUGUUUUGCUUUUAUGGCCACCAGCCACGGGAAAACUAAAGCAAUAUCCUCAUUCCUGUGUAUCAACCUAUUUGUGGUCGGCACACAGAGAAAUACGGCUCUGCCGACGAGAAGCAAUCAUGAUUUCACAAUUUGGUCCUCAUUUCUGUCCUGUGGUGUCGUACAUAAAGAGCUGCGUAAACAAGGGGAACAACCACCCAACAUUUAUUUAUAGAGCUGAAAUUACAGGCAAUUGAUUAGUCAAUCCACAGGAAAUUAAUUGAGAACAAUUUUGUGAUUUGUCAUUUUUCAAGCAAAAAUAACAACGUUCUCUGGUUCCAGCUUUUCAGAUGUGAAUUUUUGGUGAUUUUCUUUGUCUUAUAUGAUGAUUAAUUGAAUAUCUAUAGACGUAUAUAAUAGACAUCACCUUGAGCUUCAGGAGUUUGUAAGAGGUGCAUUUUUACCAUCUCCUGACAUUUUAUUGACUGAAAUAAUCUGCCCUGUUCUUUUCAUUAUCAAUAAAUUAUUUAAUCGUGAGAUUUAAAGCUGUACUCGGCAGAUAUUUGGUAAUUUUGCUUGGUAAUCGGUUACCUAGAUUUCCUGUUGACUAAUUGGUUAAUGCGAUUGAAAAGCUCAUUCUUGACCCCCUGCCAAGAAGCAGUCUCAUUCUUACUAUUGUAUCACACAAUAUUCCUCAGCAGUUGUUACGAUGUUUUAGAUGUUCAAAUUUCCGUUGUUUUCUGCACAUUUUAACGACUUUGCAUUUUGGCUUUAAAGUUUAGACUGAAAGUUCCUUCUCAACCUCGGAAUCCGCAGUUGGCUCAACAAUCUCGCCAGAAGAUCAAUUUGUAGCCGUUGAGCAGCUUUUGGUCGUAUUACAAUCUUCCUCGGCAGAUGAGGUUGCCCAGUUGUCGUGGGAAUCCCUAAAAUGCUCAAAAUAGAUUUGGACAGCUACAAUUCCACGACAAGUGCUUGAGGAAUACCAUGUAUUGCAAUCAAAAGCUCUAAAACCGCUAAUACAGGACCACGCGACGAGACUGUUUAGCCAACUACUCGAUUGUUUUCAUCCCUACACGAAUAGAAAAGAAACGGUGACGUGACUUAGCUUUCUACAUUUUCCAUUUAAGUCUUUGAGUUGACCGUGCAUGUUGGCUUGAAAUAAAGGUAAACUAAUACUGACAAUAGGAAAAUGAGUAAGCUAAACUCAAGUGGCUCCUGCUCACUCUACUAAAUUCCUCAGAAACUGAACGGAUAUGGCGCGCUGCAUCGCUCUUCAGUCGACACAAAGGUUGAUAAUAAGCUAAAAGUUUUUUUUUAAUGUGAAGUUUUAACUGAAAUUACUUCUCUCCCCCCUUCGCUAGCACUCUCUGCUACCUCUUCCUCGUCCAUCCGCUAGCUACCUCUUCUAGAAAUCUUCCUCUCGCUAUCUGCUACCUCUCUGCGCACCCCUUCGCUACCUCUCGUUCCCAUUUCCUUUUCUUUUUAUGCCUAUUUUUUUUUUUUCCUGCCCACGUGACUGCUUCAUCACUGAUCGUUGCCCUCUUCUACCAGUCUGAUGGAAGAAGAAAACCUACGUACAGUCGUUCACUCUUGCUCUCAUUCACCGCGCCCUCCUUUCCCAUUCAACAUCUUUUACAGGCUUGUUAUGUAAUAUCACUUAAAUAUGACGGGAAUCCCCUUCACAUAUAUUAUCUUUAAUCGAUACUUUUUUGUGUUGAUGGUAUGUAUUUUUAAGGAGACGUUUUGUGUAGAUGGAAGUUAUGUUAUUUGAAAGUUUGUAGCAUUUUGUUUUUUCUUUUGUAUGGGGGUCUGUUGGUACUUGGACCUAGACACUGUCAAAUAAACUGUUUUGUAUGAG